UCAUCGCUUUACGUAAGAAAAUAAUGGCCGCCCAAUGUUUUCAUCAGAAUGAAACCAUUUCGAAAUAAAAUUUUGCCAUUUUUGACUCAUUGAAAAGCGCUGUUGCCGUGAAAGACUCGGAAAUGGGAGCGAAGCCAUCUUCUAUAAAUGAACUAAAGGAAAACGUUCUUCUGAAGCGCCUUGUAGGAACCGAAAGUAUCGCGAAAGGGGGUCAAUUUUGGGAGGAACUGCUCGCGUUCAGUUUUGCAAAUAUAUACAGCAUAUCCGAUGCUAAAUUGCUGGAAAUAGCAACAGAACAACUCUGUUUAAAUCUAGCUCGGAACAAUUUACAAACUGGAAAUUUUAUCACGCUGGUUGAGUUGUGUCAGAGGAAAGUUGAAGAAUUGAGGAAAUGCGAUGGAAAGAUUGAUACUUCGUUGUGUUGGGAAGUGUUCAAUUGCUUGUUGUUGAUUCGAAGUUUUGUGAAAUAUUUCAUUGAACAUUCAAGAGAGGAGGAUUUGUUUGUUCAUUUUGGAGGAUUUACUUUGGCCCAGGCAUCAAAACUUCAAAGAGGAAAGCUGGCCGGUCAGGUCUCUCAAGAAAUUCAAAGAUCGCCUGACAAUAGUAAAUUUCAAGAGUGUGGUCUUCUGGAUGACUUUAUUGAUACAUUGGUUGAAAUACUAACAGAAAUUCCAUAUAGUGACGAAACAUAUGCUUUGUUGCUGGAGGCAAUAAACACGCUGAUCAUAUUCCUUUCUGUACAAAUGUUUGAUCCGGAUGCCUCCUCAAACAGUGUCAUCUAUCAAAUUGUCAUGAAUGGAAAGUGCUCAAAAAGAAGUGACAAGUUAGUGAUGAAACUCCUAAGACACUACAUCAAACAGCAACCUUUACCAGAUGAAUUGAAGUCUGUUCGCGGAAAAGGACUUAUAGGAACGUUAAUGUCGUGGUUUGGUAGCGAAGAAGAAACAGUGGAACAAGACGACGCAUUGCUUGCAAAUCAAAGUUUAUUGCUUCUUCUGAUCUUGGUAAAUCAUUGCACUCAAGAAAAGAAAUUAAAUCUAUAUCGCCUGGCAUUGUUUACGUUCACCAACUCGAAACCAAAAGGCGGCACCUCGUCCGAGGAUACCGAACAAGCGUCCUUUUAUAUGAAUGCUGGAGUACUUUACACCACUCUAUGCAGUCAACUGCACACAGAUCAAACGACAUUGCUGUUAUAUCUGUUGCUGCAUCGUAAUCCUACGAUAGCCUCGUAUCUUCUGUCGCGAACCGACAUCGAUAAUUUGGUCAUUCCUAUUUUAAAACUGUUGUAUACAGCCGAGGAGCAAAACUCGCAUCACAUUUAUAUGGCGUUGAUCGUUUUAUUAAUUUUGAGUCAAGACGAGAAUUUCAACAAAUCCGUACAUGAAGUGGUUUUACCAGAGGUUCCCUGGUUUACGGAUCGUGUUGUGAAUAACAUCACGUUAGGAGGAAUGCUUGUCCUGGUGGUCAUAAGAACGAUACAAUAUAAUAUGACUAAGAUGAGGGACAAAUACCUUCAUACGAAUUGUCUUGCAGCCUUGGCGAAUAUGUCGGCACAAUUCCAUGCCUUGCACCCGUACGUCACCCAACGACUUGUCAGCCUGUACGCAGUUUUGGCGAAAAAACAUGGCCGCGUGCAAGAGCAGAUCAAGCAGGCUGAGCAAAAUCCCCACCAGGUCAUGCAGGAAGAUUUUCCGCAAGAUUUUGUUUCCGACUUGGCAAUCCUUGAAGAAGUGAUUCGAAUGGUUCUGGAGAUAAUAAACUCGUGUCUUACAAACACGCUCCAUCAUAACCCGAAUCUUGUGUACACUUUACUGCACAGGCGAGAGUUGUUUGCACAGUUCAGGACACACCCGACGUUUCACGAUAUUAUUCAAAACAUCGACACGGUUCUGGCGUUCUUCAGUGCUCGUCUCGAGCAACAUCCGGAGCAGACGUUGUCAGUUCAGGUCGUACUGGAUGUUAUCAAACAGGGCACACUACAAUGGCCAAGAGAUAGACUCAAGAAAUUCCCUGAACUGAAGUUCAAAUAUGUGGAAGAGGAGCAACCGGAGGAAUUCUUUAUUCCUUACGUUUGGUCGCUGGUUUACAAAUCUGCUAAGUUAUACUGGAAUCCUGAACGAGUACAGCUUUUCCAUCCAGGAACAUAGCCGCCGGCUAAAUCUGUUGUUGUUUGCACUGACAAUGAACAGCUGCGGAUAACCAGAUUUAUAGUUUAUUCAUUGUGGAGCCCUUGACGACCGCUGAACACAUACUACUCAAUACUCCGGAGCUGUCACUUUUAUCUGCAAAAUGUUACGCAAAGCGCGCAAUAUAUGGUAAUUGGUCGCAAAUCAAUCAAUCACUAGAAUCCACCUGUGAAUUUCGACGGUCGAGAACCCUGCGAAUAGCGGUUUUACGCCGGCGAAGACAAAAUAUGUUUAGAAGCAAAAGACGUAGAAUGUUUGAUACUGAUAAGGACGAUAUACGGGAUUGUAAGAACUGGAACGUUUCCCACAACAUAAUAAUGUACAGGAAUUAGAAUGUAGAAAAUAUGGUCAUAUUUUGUAAGGAAAUAUAUUUUAACGACGUAGGAAAUUGCAAAAAUAACUGGGACAGGUUGUAUAAAACUCUUUAACUCCAUUUUGCAUAGUUAAAUUCUAGUUAACUCAGAAAUACACGAAUCGACUUGCAAAUUCUGUCCCUAACUACAGUAGAAAGUUAACUAGUCUUUUAAGUAU